AUGACUUCCAAAGUUUCAAAACCGACUACCCCGACCGACAACGGCAAAGUUUUGGUCGACGGCAGGGAAACUUGGUCCGGAAAAGUUGAUUUUCUUCUUUCGGUUAUUGGGUUUGCUGUUGAUCUUGCCAAUGUUUGGAGAUUUCCGUAUUUAUGCUACAAAAAUGGUGGUGGCGCAUUUUUAGUUCCUUACUGCAUCAUGUUAGUAGUCGGUGGGAUUCCUUUGUUCUAUAUGGAACUAGCUCUAGGGCAAUUCAAUCGGAAAGGAGCUAUUACAUGCUGGGGACGACUUGUUCCUUUAUUAAAAGGAAUAGGUUAUGCCGUAGCUCUGAUAGCCUUCUACGUUGAUUUUUACUACAACGUGAUAAUAGCCUGGGCCUUGCGUUAUUUUUUUGCUUCGUUCACCAACAUGUUACCCUGGACAACCUGCGGAAACUCUUGGAACACCCCUCUCUGUCGUGAAUUUAAUACUAAUACUUCUGAUGAGUUUGUUAUUAACGAUUGGACUGAUUAUUACCAGACUUCUUUGUUACUUAAUGCAACUGACGUACUUGGUUCAAAUAAUACUUUAAAUUGGAGAAAUGAAACUGAUAAUUCAACAAAGUAUACAAGUGCUGCUCAGGAAUAUUUCAACCGAGCAAUUUUAGAACUUCAUCAAAGUUCUGGCUUACACGAUCUUGGAAUAGUAAAGUGGGACAUUGCGCUUUGUUUGUUUAUCGUCUACAUUAUUUGUUAUUUUUCUCUAUGGAAGGGAAUUUCGACAUCCGGAAAAGUGGUAUGGUUUACGGCUCUAUUUCCAUACGCAGUCCUGCUGAUCCUUUUAGUACGUGGGGUAACUUUGCCAGGAAGUGGUGAAGGAAUAAAAUAUUACCUCAGCCCGAAUUUCACCGCAAUAACAAAUGCCGAGGUUUGGGUGGACGCUGCAACACAAGUAUUUUUUUCCCUGGGUCCGGGUUUUGGAGUUCUUUUGGCUUACGCUAGUUAUAAUGAGUACCAUAAUAAUGUUUACAGCGACGCUUUGCUGACGAGUUUAAUCAACAGCGCUACUUCUUUCAUCGCCGGGUUUGUAAUUUUUUCAGUUCUCGGUUACAUGGCGCAUGCGAGCGGCCGUUCCAUUAAAGAUGUCGCCACUGAAGGGCCUGGUCUUGUCUUCAUUGUUUAUCCCGCAGCAAUUGCAACAAUGCCUGGGUCCAUUUUUUGGGCCCUGAUUUUUUUUAUGAUGUUAUUAACACUUGGUCUGGACAGUUCAUUUGGAGGAUCAGAAGCGAUAAUCACAGCUCUAAGUGACGAAUUUCCUCUAAUUGGUAACCAUCGGGAAAUAUUUGUCGCCUGUUUAUUCACCUUGUAUUUCCUAGUCGGUUUGGCGUCGUGCUCACAAGGAGGAUUUUAUUUUUUUCACUUAUUGGAUCGUUAUGCAGCUGGUUAUUCAAUGUUAUUCGCUGUGCUCGCGGAAGCAAUAGCCGUUAGUUGGAUUUAUGGUACUGAUAGAUUUUGCGCGGAUAUUAAAGAUAUGAUUGGAUUUGCGCCAGGAUUGUAUUGGCGUGUUUGUUGGAAAUUUGUCGCUCCUAUUUUUAUUGUUUUCAUCAUCGUCUACGGUCUUAUGGGUUACGAACCUUUGACUUAUGAUGAAUACACCUAUCCAUUAUGGGCGAAUAUAAUCGGAUGGAUAAUAGCUUCUUCUUCAGUCGCAAUGAUCCCAGGAAUGGCAAUUUACAAAAUAAUAAUCACUCCUGGAACAUUUUGCCAAAGAAUAAAAAUAUUAACAACACCGUGGAGAGACACUCAACAGCAAACAGUAACCAUGAGGUCCACAGUUAGUUCAGUAGCAAAUGGUGCAGUACGAACAAGUCUGCUCGACGAAGGCGGUUUUGUCGACGUAUUGCCUAAAGAACAAUUAGACGUCACCAAGGAACAAAUCCAAGUUGUUCUUCAUCCAGGCGACAAUGGAGAUCCGCCACCAGAGCCCGUCUAGGACAACACUUUAGUAAUCAUACGUGGCACGCGGUUCCACGUUUAUCUCUGUUAACAGUAUUAUUUAUUAUUUAUUGCCAGUUUUAAUUUAAAAAUUAUAAUCCUAACUUUGUUUGAUAAAACGAGUUGUUACUCAAUUUGGUAGAAGCUUUAUAAACGACAAUUAUAAUUUAAAAAAGCUAGUCUUAUCUUACAUUAUAAAUAUUUGGAAAUAGAUUUUAUCGAAAAUAAUGAAUCGAUUAGCGUAAGGUUUUAAAAUUAUUUGUAAUAAUUAAUAACAAUGAAUAUUAAUUAUUAAUUAGUUAAAGUAUUUACGAGCUGUAUGACAAGCUCGGAUAUACUUAUGCUGUGUGGACUAUACGCAAAAAUUAACAUAGUUUAAUAGAUUAGGUUAUUAAGUGUAGAAUAUAAUUACUACAAUGAAUAUUUAUUAUAAUAGUUACUAUUAUUGUAAUAUAUAUUUUAUACAAUGCAUCCGAACUGCUAUCGCAGCCAUAGGUCGCAGUUCGGGCUUUGUUGGACGAUUUAAAGUAUUUAACUAUAAUAAUUGUUAGUGUUAAAUAUUGGUUAGAAUAAUUAUAUAAUGUUAUAUUUGUUGAUGCUUUUAACAAGUGAUCGUUCAAGAGCCAUAUUGAACGAACAUUUAAAUAAUAAUUACUUUUAUUGUGUAAGGAAUUUUUUUUGUUUAAUAAAAUUAUUACUUGUGUAA